GUGCAGACCUAACGAGCUGACGGAGCAGGCCGGCGUCUCGAGACAGCUCCGCCUCCCCGUUCUUCCUCCGCCGCUCGCCGCUGCCGCUUUUUCCCUCUCCAGACUUCCUGAGCGGCGCGCGUCGCGAGCUGUCAGCGGCGGCCAGGCCGCCCGGGUGCGCUGCUGUUUAUGUCCGACUUCCUCGGCCCGCACGUGACGGGAUUUAUUUAUUUUCACUCGUUUGUUUCCUCCGCAGGGGAAGGGAGCCAGAGGAAGGAAGCAGCAAGAAUUUACGUCCGUACGCACGGGUCUACUAACUGCUGUGUCUGAGUUGCCGGGCGCUCUGGACAUCUUGAAAGGAAUCUACGGAAAUAAUGAAGUUACGUGUGUUUCACAGACUGACCUCCAUAAGGCCUCCGAAUGUACCAUGUUCUCCCAUUUGCCCCCAGUUAACUUGCGUACAGCGGCGACAGUAUGCGGCAUCUCAUGAAGCCGAUGUAGUAGUUAUUGGGUCGGGGCCGGGCGGCUAUGUGGCUGCCAUAAAAUCAGCUCAGCUGGGCAUGAAGACUGUGUGUGUAGAGAAGAACGACACGUUAGGAGGAACGUGCCUCAAUGUCGGUUGUAUUCCUUCCAAGGCUUUGUUGAACAACUCACACUACUACCACAUGGCUCAUUCGGGUGACCUAGCAAAGAGAGGCGUAGAAGUAUCUGACUUGAAAUUAAACUUGAAAACCAUGAUGGAAGCGAAAACUACUGCUGUGAAGGCUCUAACGGGAGGUAUUGCUCACCUGUUCAAGCAAAACAAGGUUCAGUUAUUGAAUGGGCACGGCAAAAUAACUGGACCAAAUGAAGUUACUGUGAUAAAAGCCGACAACUCAACAGAAACUGUGAAAACCAAAAAUAUAAUUAUUGCAACAGGAUCAGAAGUGACUCCAUUUCCUGGAAUAGAUAUAGACGAAGAAAGAAUUGUUUCAUCUACAGGGGCGUUGUCCUUGAACAAAGUUCCGCAGAGAUUAAUCGUGAUUGGUGCUGGUGUAAUUGGUUUAGAGUUGGGAUCUGUUUGGUCAAGGCUGGGCGCUGAGGUAGUUGCUGUGGAAUUUAUGCCUACUGUGGGAGGAGUAGGAAUAGAUGGAGAAGUAUCUAAAACGUUCCAGAGGAUAUUGGCAAAGCAAGGUUUGAAAUUUAAGUUGGGAACAAAAGUGACUGGUGCUGCUGUUCAGGAAAAUUUAAUUAAAGUCAGCGUUGAAGAUGUGAAGGAUUCCUCCAAAAAGGAGGAACUGGAAUGUGAUGUGUUGCUGGUGUGUGUCGGAAGGAGGCCGUACACCUUAAAUUUGGGACUUGAAGAAAUGGGCAUUGAACGGGAUCAGAAGGGAAGAAUUCCUGUCGAUUCUAAAUUUCAAACAGUGAAACCGAAUAUUUACGCCAUUGGCGACACUAUCCAUGGUCCAAUGUUGGCUCACAAAGCUGAAGACGAGGGUAUUUCAUGCGCAGAAGCCAUUGCUGGGGGCCCAGUGCAUAUUGAUUAUAAUUGCAUUCCUUCUGUUAUCUACACUCACCCUGAAGUUGGUUGGGUUGGUCGGACUGAAGAAGAUUUGAAAAAGGAUGGCAAACAAUACAAAAUAGGAAAAUUUCCAUUCGCAGCAAACAGCAGAGCAAAGACAAAUAAUGAUACUGAUGGCUUUGUGAAGGUAUUAGCAGACGUAGCGACGGACAGAAUAUUGGGCAUUCACAUCAUAGGACCAAGUGCCGGAGAGCUGAUCAAUGAAGGAGUGUUAGCAAUGGAAUAUGGAGCGUCUAGUGAGGAUGUUGCAAGAUCGUGCCAUGCUCAUCCAACAUGCUCAGAGGCUCUCAGAGAAGGAUGUCUAGCUGCGUACUUUGGAAAGCCAAUUAAUAUGUAGCUUGUGAUACUAAAAAACCGCUAAUAUUGUUAAGACUGUAUGUGAAAGAAGAAAAUGUAAAAACAUCGACUGGCGUUUUGUUAAACAAGUAUCUAAAAUCACUGAUUUCCUUAGUUUAUAAGUUUUGUACUUAUUGUUAAUUUUAACCGUUAUAAGCAGUAUUUCCAUUCAGUGAGACAAAAGAGUCUUCCUAAGUGUAUUGACUUUCAAUAUAUCACGUUACUGUAAAAGAUAU